AUGGCCGCCGUCGUCAGCCCCCUUCCCUCGCCGCCGCUUCCUUCGUCCCCAGAGUCGCUCUCGUCCGGCUCGUCGAACUCGUGUCCGCCUCUGCCACCGCCCGCUGCGCCUUUCCCCACCUACACCAGCUUCGACAGCCCCAAGACAAAGGCGUUCCCGCCACACUGGUCGGCGCCGACUGCCUCGCCAGCGGGUUCAACCUCGUCGAGACGGCACGGCAGGACGAGUCACCGUACAGCGCAGUCGAUGAGCCAGCCGCGCGAACCGUCAUCCUUCCUCGCGAACGAAGAGGCGCACGAAGAACCGGCAACGAGCUCGCCUCCGACGACGCGCCGAACCCACCGUUCUUCUCAGUCCGUCAGCCCGUCGCCGAUCUCGAGAACACCGUCGGCUGAAGAAGUCAACUCUGACGAGACGCCGAAACGUGUCCCGCCUCGACGUUCGAGAACGCUCUCGUUCUCGGCUGCGCAGCAGGCGUUCGUGCCGGCUCGACCAAGGCUCUCGCAUGGUGUCGGAAGUGCGGGAGCGUUCCCCUUUCCUCGGCUCGAGGAAGGGAAAGUCGCUUCGUCCGUUGCGCUCGACCGCACAUCGUCCACGGGCUCGUCAUCUUCGGUCGUCGUGCGGCCGCCACGGCGAUCCCGGACAACGCUGUCGACGCGGACGGUCCCGACUUCGCAACGGCCGGCUCGACCAGGUGCAGCGACCGACUACUUGGAGGCGAAGGUGGUGAUUGUCGGAAGUCAAGGCGUCGGCAAGACCUCGCUCAUUCACCGCUCGACAACCGGCAAAUUCAACCAUUCCCUCUCCUCCACCAUGGGCGCCGGCUUCUUGACCAAGAAGCUCACCAUCGCCGACACCAAGGUCCACUUCCAGCUGUGGGACACGGCGGGAGGCGAACGAUUCCGGAGUUUGGCCAAGUUGUAUUAUCGAGGCGCGCUGGCCGCCAUCCUCGUCUACGACGUGACCGACGAGUCGAGUCUACAGGACCUCAAGUUUUGGCUGCAAGAGCUCCGGAAGAACAUGUCGGAGGACCUCAUCAUCCUCGUCGUCGGCACGAAAGCCGAUCUCGCAGGCUCCUAUCCUACCAUCCCUCUCGCCGACGCCCAGCGCUACGUCGCACUCUGCAUGCACGAGCUCGGCGAAUCUUCGCCCGACUCGACUACCUCCUCUACUCCCGCUCGAUCGCGCGAAGCUACGCCUGUCGCUCGACCACCACAAGUCCGCAACUCGUUUCCUUCUCAGCCUCUUCCGACUCGUACUCGUACCUACUCCUCGCCUUUACUUUCGAACGCCGAAGUCCCGACUAUCACGACCACCCCGCCCGUCUCCAACGCGAACGCUCCUCCCGCCAUGACCGCCUUCGACGACGCACUCAUCUCGUCCCGAGGACGUGCCGUCAACCGCCUUGCCCAGUCGACCGGCCCGUCCUCUCAUCCGCCCGGCCAGCCUCCGCCACCUCGCUUCAGCCAGCAUACCCGCCCCGCCUCGCUCAGCUCGUCCAUGACCCUGCCCGACCUAAGCGCGUACACUCUCUCCGGUCUCGUAAGCCAACCCUCCGCCGCGCACGACAGCCUGACCAUGGUUCGAUCCGGCUCGGCAGGCGCUUCUGCGACCAGUACCUCUCCGACUUCCUCCUCCGGCUCUCCAACCGCCAACGGCUCGCAGAUCAGUCAGAACGCCGGCAUAUCGCAUAGCACGUCCGCGUUUGGGCUGAUGAGCUUUGGCUCGUCGCUCGGAGACUUGGUGGGCGCUUCGGCGCUCUCGUCACGCCGCAAAUUGCAGCAAGACGACCUGCACCGUUUCCUCCAAUGGCCCGCGUCGUCCGCCCUUCCCCCGCCUUCGUCAUCGUCAACGAGCCUCGCCGCGUCCCGCGAAGCCCGCGCGCUCGAGUCGGCCCGUAUCCAGCAAAUCGUCGACGACUGCCCGAUCGAAGUCGUCGAAGUGAGCGCCAAGGACGGCUUCGGUAUCGAGGAAUGUUUCUGGACGAUCGCAGAGCGACUCAUCGAGCGGAAGGAGGAGAUUGAGCGCAGGAGAGUGCUGAGGAGUAGGGAUAGCAUUGUCUUGCGGGAGGACGACGCGGCUGCAGUAGCUGCAGCAGGUGUGAAGGGCGGAGCGGGCGCCUGCGCGUGCUAG